AGAUAAUAGAUAUAUAGAUAUUAUUAGGAAAAAGACUUAAAAAAAAAACAUGGUCCAAUGAUCUUUUACCUCCUCAAUGAUAUUUGAAAAGUUAGCAUCUUUAAGAAGCACACAAUUUCAAGCUCUCGAGAUUUGUUCUUCACCGUUUCUCUCACGUUUGUUCAUCAUCAUCACUUCAUAAUUCAAUAAUGAUUUGAAUUUCCCUGUAUUUUUCUUGUUUUAUUCACUCAAAACACCCAAUUGUUCUUUAUACUCUCAAAGUUUCAAUCUUUUGUCCUAAAAAUGGAUGCUUUUGGUAUGAUAAAAUGUCCUCAAUACAGCAAUGGUUUCCAAAUUCAACAACAAAUUAAACGGCAAUUCACUUCUUUAAACAACCCCAAUUUCAGAUUUUUGAAACCCAUGUGUUUUAAGCUCCCUUCUUCAACAAUUUCUCAGUCGCAAAUCUUUUGUGGGGUUUCAUCUGUUGAAAUUCGUGAGGAGGAAGAGAAAAUAAGUAAAAAUAAAACCAAGUCUAGACGGCAAGGGAAGGUUCGAUUAGGCCUCCUCCUGGAGCAUCAAGUACAAUUUGGAGAAAGUGUUGUGAUCUUGGGGUCAGCGGAAAAACUAGGAUCAUGGAAUAAACCAGUGGCGAUGGAUUGGACAGAGAAUGGAUGGGUUUCAGAUUUGGAACUGAUUGGCGGCGACUCUGUGGAGUUCAAAUUUGUGAUUAUGGGGAAGGAUAAAAGUUUAACCUGGGAAUCUGGAGAUAAUCGUACACUUCAAGUUCCGGAGAGAGGGAGUUUCAAAUUGAUUUGUCACUGGAACAUGACAACCGAGGCUCUGGAGCUCUUGCCCGCUGAAUCUGGGGACAGCCAGGAAGCUGAUUUGGAGGUGACUGAUGAUUUGGUUGACAAUGGGUCUGCUGUUAGUGAUGAUGUUGCUGCGGACACAGAAAUUCAGACAAGUCCUUUUGUUGAGCAGUGGCAGGGAAAGAGUGUUAUGUUCAUGCGGUCAAAUGAGCAUCGCGAUAGAGAAAGUGACCGAAAGUGGGACACUUCUGGUCUCGAGGGUUUGGCUCUGAAAUUGGUUCAAGGUGACCAGAAUGCCAGGAAUUGGUGGAGGAAGCUUGAAGUAGUUCGUGAGCUUGUAGUCGGAACUUUGGAUGAGAGUGACCAUUUGGAGGCUCUUACUCUUUCCGCUAUCUAUCUUAAGUGGAUAAACACCGGCCAAAUCCCUUGCUUUGAAGAUGGAGGCCAUCAUCGACCAAAUAGGCACGCUGAGAUUUCGAGGCUUAUUUUUCGUGAGCUAGAAAGAAUUUACUGUAGGAAGGACACCUCACCUCAGGAAAAGCUUGUUAUUCGCAAGAUCCACCCUUCCUUGCCAUCUUUUAAAGCUGAAUUUACAGCGUCUGUUCCGCUGACUCGAAUUAGAGAUAUUGCUCAUCGUAAUGAUAUCCCUCAUGAUUUCAAGCAAGAAAUCAAGCAUACAAUACAAAACAAGCUCCACAGAAAUGCUGGUCCCGAGGAUUUGAUUGCUACAGAAGCUAUGUUGGCAAGAAUUACCGAAAAACCUGGGGAGUAUAGUGAGGCAUUUGUUGAGCAAUUCAAGAUUUUUCAUCAAGAGUUAAAAGAUUUCUUCAAUGCUGGAAGCCUUCUUGAACAGCUGGACUCAAUCAAAGAAUCCUUGGAUGAAAAAGCAUUAUCGACUGUUACUUCAUUUUUGCAGCAGAAGAAGAGUUUAGAUGAUUUGGAAGGCGCUGAUGAAGAAAUAGAUAAACUAAUGAAGACUUUGGAAUCCCUGAAUUCUCUCAGGGAAGUAUUGAUGAAAGGUCUUGAAAGUGGCCUUAGAAAUGAUGCCCCGGACGCAUCAAUAGCAAUGCGUCAAAAGUGGCGUCUUUGUGAGAUUGGCCUAGAGGAUUAUUCUUUUGUUCUUUUGAGCAGAUUUCUCAAUGCGCUCGAGGCUUUGGGAGGAGCAAAUUGGCUUUCUGAACGUGCGGAAUCCCAGAAUGUUACUUCAUGGAAUGAAUCUCUUGACGCCCUUAAUAUUGGUAUUCGUCAACUGGGACUAUCAGGAUGGAAAUCAGAGGAAUGCAUAGCUAUAGGAAAUGAACUUCGUGCUUGGAAGGAAAAAGGUCUUUCUGAAAGAGAAGGAAAUGAAAAGAGUAAGAGGAUUUGGGCUUUAAGGCUUAAAGCUACACUUGAUAGAUCUCGGAGGUUGACCGAAGAAUACUCGGAUUCUAUUCUAGACAUAUUCCCACAAAAAGUUCAGAUGCUCGGAAAAGCUUUGGGAAUUGCGGAAAAUAGUGUGAGGACAUACACAGAGGCUGAAAUUCGUGCUGGUGUAAUUUUUCAGGUUUCUAAAAUGUGCACCAUUCUUCUGAAAGCCGUCAGGCAUUUGCUAGCAUCUCAAGGCUGGGAUGUUAUUGUUCCUGGCGCUGCUUAUGGAAAAAUUGUUCAGGUUGACAGCAUUGUACCUGGGACCCUUCCUUCAUCAUUAACCGAGCCUGUUAUUCUUGUUGUUCGAAAAGCGGAUGGAGAUGAAGAGGUGACUGCUGCAGGGGCCAAUAUAGUCGGUGUCAUACUCCUACAAGAGUUGCCACACUUAUCCCAUCUUGGUGUCCGAGCCCGUCAAGAAAAAGUUACGUUCGUUACCUGUGAAGAUAGUGAUACAGCUUCUCAUAUCGAGAAGCUUAGCGGACAAUAUGUCAGAAUGGAAGCAUCCUCCGGAGGGGUUGAUAUACGGCCAUAUUCACCUGGUGAAACGCGUCCUGAUCCAACGAUAGACAUUCCUCCGAGUGAGGAUCCAACUACAACAAGACCUGUCGAGUCAGAUGAUUCUUCAUCCUCAGCCGACAUAGUUCCACACUUAAGCAAGGUGGUUCCAUCCAAAGCUGUCAUUUUACUCGCUGAUGCUGAGCCGAAUACUUGUGGGGCAAAGGCUGCUGCUUGCGGACGAUUGGCUUCUUUGUCAGAGGCCUCCGUUAAAGUUUACAGUGAGCACGGAGUGCCUGCGUCUUUUAAGGCCCCUGCUGGUGUGGUUAUCCCAUUUGGCUCUAUGGAAUUGGCAUUAGACGCUAACCAAUCCUUGGAAACGUUCAACUUCUAUAUAGAACAAAUAGAAACCGCAGAGGUUGCUGAUGGAAUCCUCGACAAGCUAUGUGCCGAGCUUCAAGAACUGAUAUGUUCUCUACAGCCCUCGAAGGACGUGAUUCAGUGUAUCGAACAAAAUUUUUCGAGCACUGCUCGUUUAAUUGUCCGAUCUAGUGCUAAUGUAGAGGAUUUGGCUGGAAUGUCAGCAGCUGGGCUCUACGAUUCUAUUCCAAACGUUAGCCCGUCGGACCCAACAGUCUUUGGCAGAGCUGUCAGUAGAGUUUGGGCUUCGUUAUACACUCGACGAGCAGUCCUCAGUCGACGAGCUGCCGGGAUAUCUCAAAACAAAGCUCAAAUGGCAGUUUUGGUUCAAGAAAUGCUUUCUCCAGAUUUGUCAUUUGUACUUCAUACUCUAUCCCCAACCGACAAUGACAGAAAUGUGGUUGAAGCCGAGAUUGCUCCUGGUCUCGGUGAAACAUUAGCCUCGGGCACCAGAGGCACUCCAUGGCGCCUAUGUGCUGGAAAAUUUGAUGGGUCUGUGAAGACGUUAGCAUUCGCAAACUUUAGCGAAGAGAUGCUAGUGGGUAGAAUAGGCCCUGCCGAUGGUGAAGUUAUUCGAUUGACAGUAGAUUACAGCAAGAAACUGCUGACUGUUGAUCCUAUUUUCAGAAGGCAGCUUGGUCAGCGACUAUGUGCCGUGGGAUUUUUCCUCGAAAGAAAAUUCGGAUGUCCUCAGGACGUUGAAGGAUGCCUCGUUGGUAAAGACGUUUACAUUGUUCAGACACGGCCGCAACCUCAUUAAGCUGGACAUAACUACAUCUUUAUAAUAAAUCACCCCCUAGUCUGUAAAUUUCAGAAUCUCCUUCAACAGAACUGAAGUUUUUGUGGCAAUAAAAUGGCCGUUUUCUCAUUAUAGUUAAUAAAAGUUUUAUGAUAUAUAA